CUUUAAUCGUCAGUGGUUUCUAGCUUCAUAACUAUCUGGAUUAGUUCCCAAAUCUACUUAAAAUCAUGUUCCGCCUCAUGUUAAUCGCUGUUUGCACCGCUGGUGUCGCCUCCGCUGGAGGUUCCAAACAACAAGCCGCCGACUCCCAACCCCAGGCGAGCCACGAUUUGGGAGCCAUCCACGCAAUUUCCGGUGGUUAUGAAGCUGGUGGUUAUGGCGGAGAGUUUGAAGAGCACGGUGGUUCCGAUAGCAAUGGCGCGGAACUCACCAGUCUCGCUCAUAGCUCCGCUGUCCAGGCCAACAACGCUGUCCAAAACCAACGCACAGCAGGCAGUCAAGCCGCCUUUGGCAUCGCCAGCAGCUUCGCUAGUGCUGCUUUUGGUGCCGCCCAAACCGCUCAAGCUGCCCUCGUAGGCAAACAAGCCAUUGUCCAAAACCUCAGAAGACAGCUGACCGAUGCUCAACAACAGCUCCAGGAAGAAAUCACCCAGUACCAACAGACCGAAGCUGCAGCUCAAGCCGCUCACUCUACAGCCCAGCAAGCUCAGGCCCAAGUCACCAGCUUGAGCGCCGCUAUCUCUGCGGUCCAAAGCGGCGCCCAGAACGCCCAACAAGCCGCUGCUGAAGCUGCCAGGGUAUCAGCCGCCCAACAGUCCAUGGUCGUUGAGGCCAAACAACGCGUCGCUCACAUUCUCAGCCGCAUCCAGAACGCCGUCGCCGAAUUGCAGGACACCGAAAUCUCCGCCCAGAAGGCAGCCGAAGCCGCACAGAUUGCCCAGUCCAACGCAGCUGCAGCUGGAGUGGCCGUGGCUACAGCCAGUUCCCAAGGAAUCGGGUCCAAAGGGGGUCAUCAUUAUUAGUUUAUUGUACCACGCAUUUGUAAUACGAUUUUCCUAAUGUAUCUGGUCAGUAGAAAAUAAGACAAUAAAGUUCAGCUAACAAAUACA